UGCCCCUUAUAUAUGUGUGAAAAUGGUCUCUCCAUGCUCCAUCGGCUAAGAAUAGCUGAAAGCACAAUGCGGUCCUCAAAGAUUUCAGCUGUGCUUUUAUUUUUCGUUCUUUGUUUAUUUCAAACGCCAGCCUUGGCUAUCAAGAAGUCUUAUAUAGUUUACUUGGGAUCUCAUGCACACGGUGCUCAAGUUUCUGAGGCUGAUCUUCAUGCGGUAACACAGUCUCAUCAUGAGUUUCUUGGCUCCUUUCUUGGAAGUACUGAAAAGGCCAGAGAUGCAAUUUUCUACUCUUACAAACACCAUAUUAAUGGAUUUGCUGCGGUUCUUGAGGAGGAAGAGGCAGCUCAGAUAGCAAAGCAUCCAGAAGUUGUAUCAGUUUUUCCGAACGCAGGGAGAAAGCUACACACAACACAUUCUUGGGAAUUUAUGUCUCUAGAAAUGAAUAGUGGCGUCAUCCACCGUGGUUCCUUGUGGAACAAAGCAAAUUUUGGUGAAGAUACCAUCAUAGCUAAUCUUGACACUGGUGUUUGGCCUGAAUCAGAGAGUUUUAACGAUAAAGGAUAUGGUCCCAUUCCUUCAAGGUGGAAAGGAAUAUGUCAGAAUGACACUGUCCCUUGCAACAGGAAGCUUAUUGGAUCAAGAUUUUUCAAUGAUGGUUAUCGAGCCAGUGGAGGUAUUGUAGAUCCCUCUUAUAACUCUCCUCUGGACUCUGAAGGCCACGGAACUCACACACUAUCAACAACCGGUGGUAACUUCGUUCAUGGAGCCAAUGUCUUUGGUAAUGCCAAUGGAACUACUAAAGGUGGUUCUCCUAGAGCUAGAGUAGCUGCUUACAAGGUGUGCUGGCAUCCAGUCAAUGGCAGUCAAUGCUAUGAUUCUGAUAUCAUGGCAGGGUUUGAUGCUGCUAUCAAUGAUGGGGUUGAUGUGAUUUCUGUGUCGCUUGGUGGGGUUCCUUCUGAUUACUACAACGAUGGAAUUGCAAUUGGUGCGUUCCAUGCUAUUCAGAAGGGUAUUGUAGUAGUUUGCUCUGCAGGAAAUGACGGACCAUUCGCUGGAACUGUAACAAAUAUUGCUCCUUGGAUGAUAACUGUUGGAGCUAGCACCAUGGACCGAGAGUUCCAAACUCUGGUUGAACUCGGCAAUGGGCAACUCCUUAAGGGAACAAGUCUUGCUAAAGCGAUGCCUGAAAAUAAAUUCUAUCCCCUUAUUACUGGCGUGCAGGCUAAGGCUUCUAACGCAUCUGCUGAUGACGCUGAGCUCUGUGAACCAGGAUCGUUGGAUCCUGAAAAGGUCAAGGGUAAGAUCUUGGCUUGUCUCAGAGGGGAUAAUGCAAGAGCUGAUAAGGGUAUGCAAGCUUACUUGGCUGGUGCAGCAGGGAUGAUUCUUUGCAAUGAUAAGAGCAGUGGCAAUGAAAUCAUUUCUGAUACUCAUAUUCUGCCAGCAUCACACAUCAACUAUGCAGAUGGUCUUGCUGUCUUUUCCUACGUCAACAGUUCCAAAAAUCCCAAGGCAUAUAUUAUGCCUCCAGCGCAAUUGAUGGGCACAACUCCUGCUCCGUUCCUGGCUUCAUUUUCCUCUGUUGGGCCGAAUACUAUUACACCUCAGAUCCUGAAGCCUGAUAUUACUGCCCCUGGAGUGAAUGUCAUAGCUGCCUACACUGAAGCAACAAGUCCUACUGGUCUAGAACUUGAUAAGCGUAGGACUCCUUUUAUCUCUAUGUCUGGUACAUCCAUGUCCUGUCCCCAUGUUUCUGGAGUUGUGGGUCUUCUCAAAACACUCCACCCUGACUGGAGUCCUGCUGCAAUUCGAUCAGCAAUCUCAACAACUGCAAAAACAAGAGAUAACACUGUGAAUCCAAUGCUUGAUGGAUCCUUUGUAGAGGCAACACCAUUCAAAUAUGGUUCUGGACAUAUAAGGCCAAAUCGUGCAAUGGAUCCAGGCUUGGUCUAUGACUUAAGUGUGAAGGAUUACUUGGACUUCUUUUGUUCCCAGGGCUACAACGAAACCAUGAUUAAGUUAAUCUCUGGAAGUCCUUAUAAAUGUCCAAAAUCAGCCAGAGUUGAAGAUUUCAACUACCAUUCAAUAUCACUGUCAAAACUAAGAGGCACAGAAACUGUGAAUAGAAAACUGAAGAAUGUGGGUAAGCCAGGAACAUAUGCUGUUCGUAUUAGAGAACCAUAUGGAAUUUCAGUAAAUGUUGAGCCAAAGAUUUUGAAAUUUGACAAGAUUGGAGAAGAGAAGACCUUUAAGGUCACUUUUAAAGCUAAGUGGGCAGGUGCAGCAGCUUCAAGCCAUCAAUUUGGAGCUCUAAUAUGGUCAGAUGGUUACCACUAUGUUAGGAGUCCAAUUACAGUUGAGGCCUGAUAGAAUUUUCAGUCUUUCUUUGGUUUAAUUUUUUAUUUUUAGGUGAAGUUUUAUUAUCCUUGGAGGUUUUUUUGUUUCCUUAUGGACAAGUGGAUCAAAUUAUUUGCACAUUUUUUCUUCUCA